GGGAGAAGCUGGAGGCGCUAGUGCCGAAGGGAGCUUCCGUGUUGGAGGGCAGCCUGAACCCUUCGACACUGAUGAGCCAGAUGCUGCCGUCGGCUGACCGACUGGCCCUUGCCAGGUUGGAUGAGGGAUCCCUCGAGGCGAAGGUCCUUCUGAAUGCUGCCUCCAGCUUUAUGGGCCUCUGCGAGCACCUCCGGAGGGUGGAGCAAAUGAGGGAGGCCAAGGGCGCAGCCGAGGGGGAGGCCGCCCUCCUCAGGAAGAAGCUCGUCGAGGCUGAGGACUCUCUCCGCCUGGCUACCGACGGCCUGGAGCAGAGGGUGCAGGCUGCAAGGGCUGAAGGGGUGAAUGAGGGCCUGGCCAGGGCCGGGGAGGCUGCUGCCGAGGCCGCCCGCAUUGCUGCUGAUGAAGCCCGCGCAGCUCAAGAAGAGGCCGUCUCCAAAGCCCGAGAGGAUGCGGUGGCCAGCUUCACUGUCGAGGGAUGGAAGGCUGAAGACCGGAGGGAGUGGCUCGCUUCGGUGGUGGGGGCUUCGGUGGACGAAUGGGUCGGAGAGCCCGGAAAGAUGUGGCUUGCUGAGAGGGGCGACUCGUACUACCAAGGCGGGGAGUUCUUCACCCAACGCCUUAUCUACCGGAAGCUUGCGAAGCACUUUCAGAUCGCAUCAGAGGAAUUCCAUCCAGAGGCUUAUGGCCUCCCCCCUCGUCAGCCAGACAUCAGGAUCCCGCUCCCCGAGGGGGAAGAGAGGCCAGUGCUUGAAGAUUCGGAGACCCUCCGGGAGUGCGGCCUCGGGGGUGAUGAGGAUGAGGCCGAGAGUGAGGCAAUUUCUACAGCUCCCCCUUCCUGAAAUGUAUUCCCCCUGUAUUGUAGUCAUACUCUGUUGUAAUUGUUGGCUUCGGCCCCUUUUGUAAUGUACAUUUAAACUUCC